CAAGUGGGCGUGGCUGCAGGUGUGGGCGGGGUUUAUAGGCCAUCGGUAAACUGUUUGAUGUCAGAUCCGUUCAGGCUUGUGCGGCUUUCUCAGCUACACCAGACAAACAGAGUGAUGGCUGCGUCUCAGCUCCUAGAUGAGCGAGAAGAUGAGAUGGAGAACGAGGGCUACCAUAUGAUGGUGACAAUAGAAGGCAGGACACACCUCCAGACCACACCCACAGGACAGAUACGCCCCUACCUGGACAUGCCGAGCGGUCAUACCGAUGACAAGCCCGAUGUCAGCGAGUCACGGAACGGCUUCCGUAAAACCUUGCGCAAAAACCAGGACUACGUCCGUAUCCCCAUCCCAAAGGCCAACAUCAUCCAGGCGACGGCCGUCUCUCGUCUCCCGGCCGAGUGGUGGAAGACCUGUAUGGCCUUCAUCUGGGCGGCUUUUAACCUGGUGUUGACCACCGUCAUGAUCACUGUGGUGCACGAGAGAGUCCCGGAUAAAUCCAUCAGUCCACCGUUACCGGAUAAAUUCUUUGAUUACGUGGCUCGUGUGGAGUGGGCGUUCUCCGUCACAGAGGUGAAUGGAAUGAUUCUAGUGGCUCUGUGGUUCAUUCAGUGGCUCUUUCUCAAACACAGGGCGAUCGUGGGCCGAAGGUUUUUCUUCCUGCAGGGAAUGUUGUACAUGUACCGUAUGAUCACUAUGUACGUCACCACUCUUCCAGUACCCAGCAUGCACAUGGAGUGUGCACCCAAGCUGUAUGGAGAUUCUCAGGGGAAGAUGCAGCGUGUUGUGAAGUUGGUGUCUGGAGGAGGUUUGUCCAUCACAGGAUCUCAUCUCAUGUGUGGAGACUUUCUGUACAGCGGACACACGGUCAUGCUGACCCUCACCUUCCUCUUCAUCCAGGAAUAUUCACCUCGCACAUUGCUAUGGCGUUUUUAUCACGUCAUCUGUUGGUUGCUAAGCGCAGUGGGCGUGGUCUGUAUCCUGGCUGCACAUGAGCACUACACUGUGGAUGUCGUGGUGGCGUAUUUCAUCACUUCCCGUCUCUUCUACUGGUACCACACCAUGGCCAACAACCAGACCCUGAGAGCUUCUCCUCGCAACUACCUGAACAGAACGUGGUGGAACUUCGCCUUUAACUUCCUGGAGAAGAACGUUAAGACCACGGUUCCCUGCACAUUCUCGUGGCCCGUGUCCAUUCCAUCCGUGUGCUUUAAGAAUCCCUGCAGGAGUUACUCGAAAGUGCAGAGCACACGAGAUGAAUGAUGAUGAUGAUGAUGAUGGUGAUGAUGAUGGUGAUGAUGUCACCGUGGUUUGAUGAGAAACAACAUCACUGUGACACAGAACUACAAACCGCAUCUGUGCGCAUGAACAUCACGAAGCACAUCAUCUGUCAGAGAUAUUACACACACUUUACGCAGAUUCUGACCGUCUGGACACAAGAGCUUGACUUCUUUUCAUACCGCCGUAUUUGAUUCGGUUUUGUACCUCAAACCAAGUUAAAGGUUUAUUUUAAUGACGUUUACCAAUGAAGGAUAAAAAAUCAUUUGUUUUUGUAUAAUGUUGGUUUUAAGUUAUAUGUUGUUGCCUUGUAAAAAAAAGUCUUACGAAUGUUAUGCAAAUAAAAUGCUAUUUUUAGUA